AUGCAAGAAAACAACAGUGAAAACAACGAGUCCAUGCAACUCGAUGAAAUUCAAGUGCUUCAUUCCAUGUAUUCGACAGAAGAGCUCCGAGCACGAACAGGAAUGGACCGAUGCUGGUUAAUGACCAUUCCCAUGACUCUGUCGUAUUCAGAAGGAGGAGGAGAAUACCAUCAUGAGUGGACGGAUGAUCUUUUGGAACCAUUGAUUUUUGAAUUUUGGUUUCAUACCAAUUAUCCAUCCGUAUCAGCUCCGUUCUUUGAAAUUAAAGGUGGAAAAAAUUGGAUUCACUUGUUAUUUCAUAGAUUUAAAAGAGAGGGAUAUGAACCGAUAAAUGUCUCGAGUAGUACUCAUCAGGAAAUUAUUAAAAAUUAUGACGAAAAUAUUACUAUCAAGGAUUUUAUUCAACAAGAAUUAAAGAAUAUGUUUAUAAGUGGAAUGCCAAUUGCAUUCACAUGGAUUGAAUUUUUAAAAAACGAAUUGAUGAGUACAGUGUUAGAUUUUCACAAGAUUGAAGAAUAUAUCAGGUCAACCAUGAAUAAUCCAAGUAGUCAUUCACACAAAGGAAAUAGCCCAAACACUAAUUCUGCAGUGGAAAAAAGAAUUCCAAUCAUUCAUGGAGAACCUUUCACAGAGAAAAAAUCAAAAUUUAUUGGCCAUGUAGCCACGGUUCAUUCAUUGCAAGAGGUUGAUACCAUGCUCGAGCAAUUAAAGGAAGAUGACAAGAUUGCAAAUGCCACUCACAACAUUUGUGCAUACAGAAUUCGAACACAAGGAGAUCAAAUUUUAGAGAACCGAGACGACGAUGGAGAAACUGGAGCAGCUGACCAAAUAUUAUAUCUCAUGCAAAUUUCAAAUGCUGAAAAUGUGUGUUGCGUAGUGACAAGAUGGUACGGAGGAAUUAAGCUUGGAAAUGAUCGAUUUCGAAUCAUUACAAACGUGGCCAAGAAAGUGUUGCAAGACAAUGGAUAUAUUGCUUCAAGAAAGUGA